UAGGUUUUUCUGGGACUACACUGGAGAGGUCGAUAGUUGGAACAUGUUGUUUAAUCUUUAAGAUUCUAGUCUUUUGUGAUUUAUUUAAAUACAAAAAAAUGUUUUGUGAAGAAGGAAUAGAAUAUUUGAGUGCACAGCAGUACUGGAAUACAACUGACCCAGACUUCUCAGAAUGUUUUCAGAAGACAGCAUUGUUAUGGUUUCCAUGUGCUUUCUUGCUGUUGUUAGCGCCAGUCCGAAUCUUGCUAUUGGAACGCAGUCGUGACCAGCACAUCAUACCUUGGUCAUGGCGCAGCAGGAUAAAACUGGCGAUGGCAUCUGUGAUUGUCUUGCUGGCGGCCCUUGACAUCGGCUUCGCCACCUACGAACAUUUCAAUGGCAACAAGAACCCCAUUGUCAACUUCCUGUCCCCUCUAGUCAUAAUACUUACUAUGGUAGUGUAUGCGUUGGUGGUCCAUUUUGAGCGCAAGAACAGCGUGAGGUCGUCCGGUUUCCUGUUCCUUUUCUGGUUCCUUUUCUUCCUCAUCUCCAUAAUAACAUUCAGAUCCAAGAUCAGGGUCGCCUACUUACAGGACCAUGUGGAGGACAUGUUCCGGUUUGUGACCUUUUAUCUCAUGUUUGCCGUCGUGAUGGCCCAGGUUAUCAUAGCCUGCAUCAUCGACAAGCAACCUGUAGGGGCAGUGCCAGUGGAAGAUGAGAACCCUUGUCCAGAAUGGAAUGUAUCAUUCAUCUCAAGGGUGACAUUUUGGUGGUUUACCAGCCUGGUAAUUCAGGGCUACAAGCGUGCCCUGGUGGCCACAGACCUGUGGAAUCUCAACCCAAAUGACAAGUCUCGAAAUAUAAUGCCCAAGUUUGAUCACAACUGGCAGAAGGAGCUUCAAAGAUGGAGGGAGUGUGCCACCAAUGCUAAACCAUCAUCUCACAGUGCAUCGCGAGAGGUUGAAAUGAAGGAUAUGAGUGGAGGGGCGAGUAAGGAUAUCAAGGACACCCCAGAAGUUCAAACUAUCCAGCAGGAGUGCAAGAAGGAGAAUCCACGCCUGUUUAGGGCCAUGGCUAAAACAUUCUGGUUCAAGACUCUAUGUGCUGCAGGCUUCAAGCUUGUCUUUGAUAUGCUGCAGUUUGUUAGCCCUCUGCUGUUAAAGUUCCUGAUUGGUUACACAACAGACAAGAGCCAGGAGACGUGGAAGGGUUACUUCUACGCAUCUCUCAUGUUGGCCGUUGUCAUGUUCCAGUCAAUCAUCUUACACCAGUACUUCCAUGCCUGCACGGUCGUUGGCAUGCGUCUCCGCACCGCAAUCAUCGGAUCUGUAUAUGAGAAGAUGUUGAAGCUGUCAAAUACUGCGAGGCGUUCCUCCACCGUGGGCGAGAUUGUGAACCUGAUGUCAGUGGAUGCCCAGCGUUUCAACGACAUGAUGACUUACAUCCACAUGAUUUGGUCAGGCCCUGUACAGAUCACAAUAUCCAUUAUCUUUCUCUGGAGAACGCUAGGACCUUCCAUCAUGGCAGGUGUUGGAGUGAUGGUGGUGAUGAUUCCACUGAAUGCUGUUGUUGCUAACAAGGUGAAGGAGUACCAGGUACAACAGAUGAACCUCAAGGACAAGCGCAUCAAGAUGAUGAACGAGAUUCUCAAUGGAAUCAAGGUGUUGAAGCUCUACGCAUGGGAGCCAUCGUUCGAGAAGAAGGUUCUGGAGAUCCGGAACAAGGAAUUGGCAGUGCUCAAGAGGAUGUCGUAUCUCAACGCUUGUACCACCUUUAUGUGGACUGUCGCUCCUGUUCUGGUGUGCCUGGUGACAUUUGCGGUGUACGUGCUGGUGGACUCGAGCCACAUCCUAGACGCUGAGAAGGCAUUCGUCUCCCUCUCCCUCUUCAACAUCCUACGCUUCCCCCUCUCCAUGCUCCCACAAGUCAUCUCCAGUGUUGUACAGGUGCGUGUGUCCCUAGAGAGAUUGUGCAAGUUCCUUGGCAACGAUGAGCUCAACCCCAAUGCUGUACAGAAUGACCCUGAUGCAAAGCAUGCUGUGUCUAUCAAGGAUGGUGAAUUUUCAUGGGAGAAAACUGGGAUAUCUACACUAAGAGACAUCAAUUUGGAUGUGCCAGUUGGUAGCCUGGUGGCAGUUGUGGGCACCGUGGGAUCCGGCAAGUCCUCGAUGCUCCAGGCUGUCCUCGGUGAGAUGGAGAAGAUACACGGCAAUGUUACUGUCAAGGGUUCGCUGGCCUACGUAUCUCAGCAGGCGUGGAUUCAGAACGCCACCCUGCAGGACAAUGUUUUGUUUGGAAAGUCUGCUGAUGUGAGUCGCUACCAGGAGGUGAUUCAGGCCUGUGCUCUACAGGCUGACCUUGACAUCAUGCCUGCUGGCGACCAGACAGAAAUCGGAGAAAAGGGCAUUAACCUUUCUGGGGGCCAGAAGCAGCGUGUUAGUCUUGCGAGGGCCGUAUACCAGGAUAGGGACCUGUACUUACUGGACGACCCUCUCAGCGCAGUAGACUCACAUGUCGGCAAACAUAUUUUUGACAACAUCAUCGGCCCUAAUGGACUUCUCAAACACAAGACACGUGUUCUGGUGACGCACGGUGUUGGUUUCCUGCCAUACGUGGACACAAUUGUGGUACUAGUGGACGGCAUGGUCUCAGAGAUGGGCUCAUACCGACAGCUCCUCUCCCACGACGGCGCCUUCGCUCAGUUCCUCAAGAACUACCUGUCAGAGGAGAUGGAGAAGGAGAAUGCUGGAGAUAUUGAGCUGGAUGUGGAGACAAUCUCCCAGAUAAGUUCCCUGAUGAAGGACAGCAAAGUCUUACAGAAACAGGUGUCAGUAUUGUCAGAGCGAGUGAGGACUGUCUCUGAGGCCGUUUCAACCCCGCCAGGAACACCUGACCUCACAAGACGUAAACCACUGCCUGGGACCCAAGAUCUCAACAGGAAUGCAGCUGGGAGCCAACCAAACAAGUCUGCUUCCGAUGAAUUGCCCAAUGGUGUUAAGCAGGCUCAAAAGGAGGAAGAGAAAAAGUUGAUUGAAGCUGAAAAGAUGGAAACUGACAGGGUGAAGAUGGGAGUAUUUUUAGCGUACAUCAAGUCGGUGGGUAUAUUCCUCAGUUUUUUAACUGUGCUGUUCUAUAUCCUCUACAACGCUGCCAACCUCUACUCAAAUGUCUGGCUUAGUGAAUGGAGCAAUGACGCCACAAAACUCAACGGCACUAGCGACCCGGACCAGCAGCGCUUACGUCUUGGGGUGUACGGAGCCCUGGGAUUCAUCCAAGGUGUUUUUAUACUGGCAGCCUGCCUUUCUCUAUUCCUGGGGAGCAUACAUGCAGCUCGUGAAAUUCACAGUGAUGUUCUGAGGAACAUUUUAGCAUCUCCAUUAGCAUAUUUUGAUGUGACACCUAUUGGGCGGAUUUUGAACCGCUUCAGCAAAGAUUUUGAAGUGAUAGACAGCCUGAUAGCAAUAAACUUCCAAGCGUGGUUCACGAGCCUGCUGCGUGUGAUCAGUGUUCCCAUUGUGAUAGCUCUUGGUACGCCAUUGUUCCUGGCGGUCAUGGUCCCGGUCACUGUUCUCUAUAUAUUUAUCCAGAGGUUUUAUGUGGCCACAUCGCGCCAAUUGAAGCGUUUAGAGUCAGUGAGUAGGUCUCCAAUAUACUCUCACUUCGGUGAGACAGUGACGGGAGUGACCACAGUGCGUGCCUACCGACAGCAAGAGAGGUUUAUCGAAACGUCUGAGACUAAGGUUGACAAUAACCUCGUGUGCCAUUACCCUAGCAUCAUUUCCAACAGGUGGCUGGCUAUUCGAUUGGAGUUUGUUGGCAACUGUAUCCUGUUUUUUGCAUCUUUGUUUGCGGUGAUUGCUCGGGAUGAUCUCUCGCCCGGAAUUGUUGGCCUUUCUAUAACAUACGCCCUCAACGUAACUCAGACCCUGAACUGGAUGGUGCGCAUGACGACAGAACUGGAGACAAACAUUGUUGCUGUGGAGAGGGUAAAGGAAUACUCGGAGACUCCAACAGAGGCUGCUUGGGAUAUCCCUGAGAAGAAGCCCAACCCAUCAUGGCCGGAGAAGGGAGUGGUGGAGAUGGAGGAUUAUGGAACACGUUACCGGGAGGGGCUUGAUCUUGUCGUGAAGGGAAUAGACUGCUACAUCAAUUCAGGAGAGAAGGUCGGAAUUGUUGGUCGUACAGGAGCAGGAAAAUCGUCCUUGACCCUGGCCUUGUUCCGCAUCAUUGAGCCUGCCCAGGGUCGCAUCGUGAUUGACGGGGUUGACAUAGCACAGAUAGGCCUGCAUGAUCUCCGCAGUAAACUCACCAUCAUACCACAGGAGCCUGUGCUGUUCUCUGGUUCCCUACGGAUGAACCUUGACCCCUUUGACGAGCACUCUGACGAUAGUGUGUGGCGGGCCCUAGAACACGCCCACCUGAAGAACUUUGUGAAGGGGCUGCCCACGGGGCUGGAACACGAGUGUACGGAGGGUGGAGAAAAUCUCAGUGUUGGUCAGAGGCAGCUUGUAUGUCUGGCAAGGGCCCUGCUGCGGAAGACCAAGAUCCUGAUCCUGGAUGAGGCUACCGCUGCCGUCGACCUUGAGACUGAUGACCUCAUACAGCACACAAUACGUACCGAGUUCAGCGAUGCCACUGUUCUGACAAUAGCACACAGGCUUAACACCAUCAUGGACUACACUAGGGUAAUGGUGUUGGAUCAAGGUCGUAUCAAGGAGAUGGAUAGUCCACAGUCCUUGCUACAGAACUCUGACUCUAUCUUCUAUGGAAUGGCUGCUGAUGCUGGACUCGUGUAACUGGCUGUUGCGCUGUCUUUUACAUGGAAUUAGGGGCCAUGAAAAUACUUGGUUUGGUGAAGGACAUUGUUUUUAAAAAAUAUUAUCUUGAUUUAAAAAAGAAUGAGUGUUUGUGAGGGUAAGGCAAUAUGGAUAGACGUCAGCUGAUACUGUUUCAUGACACAAUUUUUUGGAGGAGAAGAAUUUCAAAUUUUCAAUAUGUCAAUUAUGUUGUAAUUUAUAAUCAUAUAUUGUUGCAUCAUGAUUUCAUUGAAGCAUCAUUUAUGUUAUCAUAUAAGAAAAAAUAUAUUACUCACAGAAAGAAAGAAACACUCCCAUUAUUUACUGGCAAAGUUCAGUUCUUCAUGUAGUUUGGCUUUUUGUAAAUAAUAUUGUUUGUAAGGCGACUAUAAAUUAAUUGCUAGAUUUUCAUCCACGUCUGCCCCCUCUUUUAUCCACUGCCCCUUAAAUUUUAUUAACGCAAAUAAAAAGUUUGAAUUAGGGUCGUGUGUAUUGUUUUGGGAACGGCAUUUAUUUGUACAUCGGUGUUGAGGUAAAACAUUCACAUGUAAGAAAGGAGAGUUAUUACGAUUGUGUUCGUGGUUCGUCUACAGACACAUGUACAUGUAUAUGGUCCCUUAUGCAAUGAGAAAGAGCAAUAACAAAUAUUCAAUGGUGAAAUAGUCAUCUAAGAAAAUAAACAAAUAAAAGGUCACCCCCACCCCAAUUAAAAAAAAAUGGAUGAAAAUCUAGCAAAUCAUUUAUAUUGACCUAUUAGUACAGAAAAGGUAAAAAUACGGAAUUCAUAUUUCUUAAAGCUGCACCCUCACAGAUUUACCGUUUGGUAAAAAUGGUAUAUCUGUGAGAGUGCAGCUUUAAAGAAUGUAAGUCGAUAAGACUGCCAUAAGAGUGAGAAUGAACUUAACAUAUGUAAAUGUUUAUUGAAUAUUUCUAUGAAAUAUUCUUGGAGAAUAUUGCAGCUGAUAGUUGUCCGGUGCUACAUUUACACCCCGGUUCACAUAAGGUUACAAAGUUCAUGUGUCCUUUGUUGGAUUUAUGUUGUGUUGUUUUGAUUGAUUUUUUCAUGAGCUUAUAUUUUUGUUAAAAUCAUAUUCCAUAGACUUUCACAUGCACAUGCUAAAUAUGGAGCCUGGUAUUACUAAUAAAAUGUCUUCCGAGGAUUGCUUUCUUUAAAGGUAUCAGGGAAAACAUUUAUUGAUUCAGGCAAACUCCUAAUACCCAUUGUUGAGGCUGAACUUCCAAUUGUAUCUAAAUCUGUAUCUAGCACAGCAUUGCUCAGCACUUUAAUAUUAUUUAUGACAGCUAUUAAUCCCAUUUUUAUGAGAAGCAAUCCACAGUCUUGUCUUCAGCUUUCCAUUCAGGUGAUUCAUGUGAAACAUUCAGCAUUUUGGUUCUUCAUUUAAACGAGACUUUCACUACCUCAUCAUUUAGUUACAAAGGAUUCAUGUGAGAUUAAAAAAAAUGCUGAAAAUCUCAAACCUAGAUUUCUCAUCCGUAAACUAUACCAGUGGAGAUGUAGAUCUUGGACAGCUAUGGUUCUUGCUUCUUGUUUUUGAAAAAUGUAUCCAUUGCAUGUUGAUCAGGCAUUUUUGUCAGAAAAAGAUAAACUUUAAUUUCACUUUCUUACAUGAUUGUGUAUAUCAUUAUGUAACCAAUAAGGUACAAUGGAUGUCACAGAAUAUUAAGUUAUGACAUUGUUUAUAAAUAAGUGAUAGAAUAUGCUGAACAAUGCUAUUUUAAUGGCACUGGAAAGCUUCAAAUGAACUAUUUAUUAUUCAAAGAUUAAACAGAAAAAAAAUUGGGGUAAAAAAUUAUGACUUCAUUUUUAGAAAACAUCUGAGAAUUACUACUGUCAAACUAAAAUUAAACCCGAUUUGUAUUUGUAUGUAAAGGAUUUGUCAUGAGCUUGAAAUAAAUUGCAAUUUUAUAUAACGAGUUCAGGAAGUUUGUAAGUAAGCUUACUAAUGUAUUUCCUGGACAAGUGGAAUAUAAUUGUGUAUCAUAUAAUGAUGAGUGUCGGAUUCUUUUUAUCACAUGCUUUUCAAGUACAAAUAGCUAAAACGACCUACCUGUUUAACUGCUGUAGCAAUGAGCCUAAUACCACAAAGCAAUAUAAAUAUCUUCUGACCAUUGGAAAUAGCACAAUGUUAAAUAACACAUGUGUAAUACAGAAAAAUAUUUGAUGGCUAUAAUAAACCAGAAAUAAUAUAUAAUAGUUGAUAAAAUAUUUUCAUAGAAAACCAAGGCAUAUUGUAUAGUUUUUGCCAAUUUUGUUUUUUUCUAACCACAAAAAGCUGCGAUAAGAUCAGAUAUCCGAACCAACGAGGAAGUUUAACAUGAACAAAAUUCAGAAAGUGUAUGAGAUCUACUCUCCAUUUUGUACUGCAGUCCUUGUUAUUAUAAGUACACAUUUGUGUUUUUACACAACUGCCUUGGUAAUUUUUACAAUGAAUUCCACUUGAGAAGUCAUGCAUUUUUUGUUGAAAUUUGGUUAUCUGAUAUUGUGAAAUCCAUUCUUCUGAUUGUAAAUUCCUUUUCCAUGCAUUAACCAAGAGAAUGCUUUGACACAUUUUGCUUGGAGAACAAUUUUGGCCAGGAGAGAUUGAACACAGUCUUCAAAUCAAGGAAUCAUCAAACAUGAUAACAAAAAGCAAUGUUGGCCUUUUGGCAUUUAGUAUCUAACUAUUUGGCUUAGUAUCGUAGUUAUGAUUUGCAUGUCCAAGAGCUGCAUUUUUUUCUGAAUUGGGUUUCUUUUUAAGCAUUUAUUAUUAUUUUAGUAUUUUUCUGAAUUAAACAAAAAACCUGACAUAUUAUGGAUGUCAUUUAGGUAAUUUUGUUUGAUUUUUGCUGAAUUUGAUUUGAAAAUUGAUACAAAAUGCCGUCCUUGCUUCUGUCUCAUUGACAAUUAGAUAUUGGAUUCCAUUUAUAUAUAAUUAAUUUUAAAUAUAUAUAUGCAAUAUUUUUGUGACUUCAUGACUUAAAUAACACCAGUUAAAAAGUUUUACAUGUUUCUGUUGCAGUAAAAUUAUUAAGUUUUAGUUUUAAAUGGUAUUAUUUUUUUAAGACUUGCAAGUUCAUUUCCAUUUCUGACACAGCAUGACAUUGCAUCAAUCAUGAUAUCUCUACAAGUCAUAUCAUACGUGUAGGAAUUUGUUUCUCGUUUAUUUAUGCUGCAUAUGGUUUGUUAUGUUAAGACAAUUCGUUAGAUAUUUUUUUAUUUGCAUGCAUUUGGUUUUCAUGUAUGUCUUUUUUUUUUUAAUUUAUGACAUCUACUGUAAGAUUGUUUGUCUUCUUUAGUCGAUAAAUCCAAUAACGUUAGUGGUUAUUUUAUCAUGUUAAGACUUCUCUUUUCUAUGAUCAUGCUUUUAUUUCCAUAUGAUGUCUGUAUUGUUUGUGUUGUAUUUGAAUAAAAAGAGAAGAUGUUGA